AUGAAGGAUUUUAUUGGACUGGAAACUCUGAAACAGCAGUUCCUAAGAUUUACAAGAACACAGCUUCAGAACGACAGAAGAAAAAGGCUUGGGCGACAAAUACAGCAGGACACACCUUUACACUUAGUUUUUGCCGGUAAUCCUGGUACAGGAAAGACAACAUUUGCAAGGCGUGUAGCAAGUGAGAAUUCCAAAGUUUCAUAAUAGAAAUAACCUAUGGGAAAAAAAGUUACAAUAAAGGGCUGAUUUUUGAUUUUUUUUUUUUAACCUUUCAGUUUUAAAGCGAUGCCGUUCCCACGGCUUGUACAGUUUCCGCAACACUUAAUGUAUAAAUGCCCUAAAUUAACCUGGACGAUGUCAUAUCUUAUUACAUUCUAGCCCCAUUGGAAUUAUAGGCUGAAUCUCUAUAUUCAUUGAUGUGAUGACGAGUUAGAAAAAGAGAAUUAACGAGAUCGUAUAUUGCAUGCAUGUAUUGAUUACUAUGAUUUUCUCCAUGACUAUGAUGUAAUUGCCAUUGAAUUCUACUUUCUUCGUAGACCUGCUCUUCAGCAUAAAGAAAACUAAAAAAAAUAAAAUCGUGGAGGUCCAAAGAUCUGACCUUAUAGGUCAGUAUCUAGGAUCAACCACAGAAAAAACAAAACAAAAAAUUGUGGAAGCUCGUGGUGGCGUCCUAUUUAUAGAUGAGGCCUACCGGUUAAUACCGACCGCUGGUGGCAAGGACUUCGGCCGUGAGGCCAUCGAGGAGUUGAUGGCCGUCAUGGAGGAUGGCGACCCGGUAAUGAUCUUCGCCGGGUACGAAGACAAAAUGGAAAAGUUCCUCAACGUAAAUCCAGGGCUGAGGUCUAGAAUUUAUAGAAAGUUCACCUUUCCCGAUUAUUCGACCGACGAGCUUCGGGAAAUUUUUCAUCUAAAGGCCAACCAAGAGGGAUUCCAGGUGGAUGCCAACCCAACGUGGCGGAAAUUCUCGCUGCGUACACGUCAGGGGCACCAAACGACAAUUUUCGGAAGAAUAUCUGUUCGGAAGAAGAUUUGAGAUCUAGAAUUUUCGAAACAUUUGUUGUAAAAUUUCUUGCUUGCCUGCCUCUCCUAGGAUUUUCGAACAUCUAAAAAAUGGUAUAAUUGCCUAUUUUUAACGGAUUUUUACCCUAGAAUUUUCGGGAGCCUUUUUUCUGGCUGAAAUUUUCGAAAAGGUAAGUUUUGAUCCGUAUAAUUUUCGGAUCACUAGACUUUCAGCUAGGAAAUCCGAACAGAUGAAAAAUUUUUAGGGGAUAAAAAUAUGCUUCUAUCUACCGUUUAAAUACUAAAAUAGGUUUCACAAUGCUAUGUUUAGGUGGUUUUGAACUAUAUUCUCGUUGGGUGCCCCUGACACGUCACCUGCCCAAAGAAAAAAUAUGAAUGCGCGCCUGGUACGAAUCUUGUUUCACGAAAGUGUUGAAGAGGCAAGCAACAGAUUACCACUUAAUGCCACUUUAUCACAGUUAAUGGAAUUGAAGGAAGACGACGUAGUGUCAGCGUGCGCUCGUCUUCCCUCAGUUCCAGAAGGAGAUUCUUCUUCUUGA